UAGGAGAAAAAUUUAAAAAACAAAUUUUAGAGGAAAUAAUUCAAGAAUAUCCUAGACAUUCUUGGAAUCCAUUUGUUGCUAUGACUGAAGAAUCUGUGGAGCACGACAAAAAUAAAACUCAAGCUAAGCCUGGUCCAGAAAAGUUAGAAUUUGCUGCUUCGCCUGGGAUGGAGCCAUCUGACCUUCAAGGACUUUUUCAACCAAAAUCCUGUAAUGGUUGGCGUCCCCUUCAUGUAAAUUCCCAGUCUUUUCUUUACCCAUUACAGCAGAGCCUUAAACAAGCUUCUAUCAAUGGGGAGGAUUUGUCUGAUUUUCUUCAUUUGUUUCCUGUUUUUGAGGGAAUGGAUGGGGAAGGAAAUAUGGUAUGAACUCAUAAUCUGGUUCCUUUUAAACAAUUAAAAGAAUUAAAAAUGGCAUGUGCUCAGUAUAGCCCUAUUACUCCAUUCACUCAAGCCUUGCUAGAUUCUUUGUCCACUGAUGCUCUCCCUCCAUUUGACUGGAAACAAAUUGCUAAAGCUUGUCUUUGGGGUGAUUAUUUGUUAUGGAAAUCUGAAUAUACAGAACAAUGCCAGAGAAUUCCAGAUCUUAACAGACAGCAAGGAGAACUUAAUACAACUUAUCAGAUGCUAGCAGGAGAGAGACCUUAUGCUGAGGUUACUCAGCAAUUAGGUUUUCCCCCAGGUGUGUAUGCUCAGAUUAAUACUGCUGCUAAAAAUGCUUGGAAAAAACUUCCUUCAUCUGGACGAGCCUCAGAAGAUCUUUCUAAAAUUAGACAGGGACCUAAUGAGCCUUUUCAAAAUUUUGUGGAUCGCUUGUUACAAACUGCCAGCAGAGUCAUAGGAGAAUUCGAAGCUGGUAUAGUUUUAGUAAAACAACUGGCUUAUGAGAAUGCUAAUUCUGCCUGCCAAGCUGCCCUUCAUCCUUUUAGAAAGAAGGCUGAUUUAUCUGAUUAUGUUCGUUUGUGUGCUGAUAUUGGCCCCUCUUACACCCAGGGUCUUGCCAUGGCUGCGGCUUUACAGGGAAAGACCGUCAAAGAGGUCUUAUUUCAGCAACAUAGAAGUCCUCAGAAAAAGGGAAAUAAUAGGAAUUGUUUUGGUUGUGGUCAAGCAGGACAUUUGAUAAAAAAUUGCCCUCAACGAAAAGAAGGUGGGCUUUCUUCCAAGCAGCCUGGUUUAUGCCCUAGAUGUAAAAGAGGAUAUCAUUGGGCUAAUGAAUGUAAAUCUAAAAAAGAUGCCAUGGGGAAUUUUAUUCCGUCGGGAAAUGGACGGAGGGGCCUGCCCCUGGCCCCGUAUCAAACUUUUGGGGCUUUUCAGAAUCUGAUCCCUCAAAAUCAGUCAAAAAAUCCAUUCAGGACUUAUUCCGAGCCACCUCAGGCAGCGCAGGAUUGAACCUCAGUUCCUCCUCCUAUGCAGUAUUAACCCCUGAAAUGGGAAUGCAAGCCCUACCCACUGGAGUUUUUGGGCCACUACCUAAAGAUACUUUGGGUCUCUUGUUAGGUAGGAGUUCCUCUACUAUGAAAGGGCUUAUGAUUUCCCCAGGAAUUAUUGAUGAGGACUAUACUGGAGAAAUUAAAAUUAUGGUUUGUUCACCUUCUCAAAUUUCUGUUAUUCAGCCUGGACAGCGUAUAGCUCAAUUGAUUAUUUUACCCAGAGUAGUCACUUCAGGAAGAUAUAAAAAAGCCAUUAGAGGGAAUAAAGGUUUUGGGUCCUCAGAUGUUUAUUGGGUGCAGUCUAUUGGAGCUAAUAGGCCAGAAAUAAAAUUGUUAAUUCAAGGAAAAUCUUUUAUUGGGUUAUUAGAUACUGGUGCU